AAGAAUGCAAUUUCGCAUAUUGUUUGCUUAGUCAUGAGAUUAUUAGUAAUAAAGGGUGCUCGUCUAGGAAUUCAUUAAAUUUCACAUGUUUUAGGAAGGCCUGCGUUGUAAUGUGUACAAGUAGUUAAUUAUUAUAAUGUUCAACUAGUUUUCUAUUUAAUUUGUUUGAUCUUUGAUAAAAUUUCAUUAACUCGUAAUUAUAUGAGAUUCUGAAGCAUAUCCUAAUAAAUGAAAUAGAAUAUAUGUAUAUGUAUAUAUAUAUAUUUUGGUUAAAAAGAAGCGGGAUUAUAUCAUUGGUAGUCUAGAAAUUUAGACAAUUAUCUCCAUCCAUCUAAUAUAUUCUCUUUGACUUUGCUUUCUUGUUUUAGUUUGUCGAACAUACACUUUUGUGUAAUAUAUAUAUAUAUAUAUAUAUAGUUAUCAGUAUGUAUAGCAGAAUUAUAUUAAUUCAUUGAUCAAACUUGUCUCUCUCUGAUGGAGGCAGAGGCAGAUGCAGAGGCAAAUGAUAAGUGGGAAGGGAAGGUUUCUGCAAGGCUAACAAAAGCCUCUGCUGGCCAAAUAUGGCCUCUGUUCAAAGAUUUCUUCAACUUCCACAAAUGGUUUCCUAGUCUAGCCACUAGCUAUGGCGUCCAUGGCACAAACGGUGAACCCGGCUGCAUCAGAUUUUGCUCCGGUUUCUCAAUUCCAUCCAACGAAGGUGACAAACCCGUUAGCUGGUCCAAGGAAAGACUCGUAGCCGUUGAUGAAACUGAACAUCGCUUAUGCUAUGAGAUCGUCGACAGCAAUAUCGGAUUCAACUCCUAUAUGUCCACCUUCGAGAUUCUUCCCGUAGACGGCCAAGAUUAUCAUCAUCAUCAUCAUCAUGGUUGCGUGAUUGAGUGGUCCUUCACCGUUGCUCCUGUAGACGGUUGGGUAUUGGAUGAUUUGGUGGGGAAAUAUCAGGUGGGUUUGCAAAGCCUGGCUCAGAGAAUGGAGGAUGCAUUUGCAAAUUGAGUAAUUAAUUAAUAAAACAAAUAAUUACUUGCCUUAACUUUAGGUUUAUUAAUUUAUGAAAUUUUAUACUAGAUCACUUCGGUGUGAUUUCGCUUUCAUAAUUUUCCACCGAAAAUUUUAGUAAUAAUUUCAGCAUAAUAUAAUAAAAAGGUUACCUGCAUUUCAUA